GCCGCGGCCCGGCCCGGCGCGCCAUAGUCGGGGGCAUGGAAGGUGAGAGUACUUCGGCCUUACUCUCCGGCUUCGUCUUCGGCGCCCUCGCCUUCCAGCACCUCAGCACCGACUCGGACACGAUAUACAGAAGCAUAUUCCGUGCUACCAGUUGUUCAGCUUCUAUAAUUCUGCAGGAGAACUGAAUGAACCUGCCCUGAAGAAAAUACUGUCAGGCUGCAAGAAGAGUGUAAUAGGAUGGUACAAAUUCAGACGUAACACAGACCAGACCAUGACAUUCCGGGAGAGACUUCUUCACAAGAAUUUACAGUCUCACCUAUCCAACCAGGGACUUGUAUUUCUUCUGUUAACAUCUAGUGUGAUGACAGAAAGUUGUUCUACUUACAGACUGGAACAUGCUUUACAUCGGCCACAAGAAGGUCUUUUCCAGAAAGUUCCUUUGGUGGUAACCAACUUGGGUAUGGCAGAACAGCAAGGUUACAGAACAGUGUCUAGUUCCUGCAUAUCUUCUAGUUUUGUGAGAGCAGUAAGACAGCACAGGUCAGAAUUCUUUCAUGAAGAUGGAUCCUUACAAGAGGUUCAUAAGAUAAAUGAGAUGUAUGCCACCUUGCAGGAGGAACUGAAGAAAAUAUGCUCUACAGUAGAAGUCAGUGAACGAUCUGUAGAGAAACUCUUAGCAGAGGUGAGCCAAUUAAAAGAAGAAAUAAAGAGGAAAAAGCAACAGAGUUGUUCAGAAGACAGAGACCACCCAGGACAUCCAAAGGAGAAUGUUCUCCUUUGUCAGGCACUGCAAACAUUCUUCCCCAAUUCUGGACUUCAGACAUGUAUAGUUUCUGUCAAAGGCCAUCAGAUAUCCAAGAACUGCUGUAACAUUGACCAUAACAUAAAUGUCAUGGACAAACUGACUCUGAUGGCAGAGGACAGAGACUUCACUGAAACUGAAACCAGACGCCUAACCAAGCGGAAAGUCAGAGGGACCACAACAGCAUCAAAGUCAUUCAAGAAAUCCAGAUCACUGCAGCUUCACCAAAAAUUACUUCAAGACCAAGAGGACAGUGACCAGGAAAGGAAGUUCAUGUUGAGUAGCACUGAAACAGAUGAGGAUGUCUUUGAAAAAAAUAGAGACACAAAUGAAUACCCACACUCUCCUACUUUCUGAUCUGUUAACGAUUUGUCCAGAUGACUGCACCAAAAGCUACUGCCAGCAUAUCUGAGUGACAGCUCACUUCACAGCACUGCAGGGAUGAAAGUAACAUAGUGCAUUUUUGCAAAACAUACAGGUUUGUUUUGCUAUAAUUUGUUUGGUUUGGGCUUUUUUUAUUGUUGUUUUUAUGCCUUCAGUGCAUGAAUCCUGCUUGCCAUAAAGACAAGUCCAGAUAACAGUCCCCCAUCUUGCCUUUCAGUUAGGUCUGUAUUCUCUAUCUCAGGUUUUAAAGACUAUGCAGAGUAAUCCAAGAUAAAGCUGCUGUUGAAGCAGCAGUACUACCCUUCCUUCAGCAGAAGCCGAGGCAAAGAACAUCAAAUGAACAGAUGUAAUAUCCUUAAUUAGUUGUCUGCACUAAACUAACAAUUUAGGUACUGAACUUUUUUCUUAGGAAUGCACUACUUGUUCAUUUCACCCCCACCCUUCCCACCAAGCAAGGAAAAAAGCAGCCACCUGAACCUGGCAAGCCCUGUGGGCAGAGGAAGUGACCAUAGAGCUGCCAGGUUCCAUUCCUGCUUUCAUCUUUCAUGCCUCCUUCAGACAAAACAUUCUGCAAAACUGACACUUCAUAGAAAAGCAGCUGGCAUUCACCUUACAGCCAGGGAUGUUAGCCAACCAUAUUUCCAGUAAACAAAAAUAUAAACAUGAAAACUUUUAACUGUUUAUUUCUUUAUAGUGUAUUAAUCUGGAUAUUUGAUAUUGCAGAUCUUGGGGUCUGUGAGAAAUACUGGGUUCUUGUACAAAACGGGCAUGAAUCCUGUAAAAAGAGAAGAUGGAGGUUUUCUUAAUAGAAAUAUAGGUUUGACUUGGCCACACUCAAAAUCAGUCACUCACCCAAUACAUGAGCUCUUUUAAUGGCUUUUGAAACUUCUUUCUGCUUCUUG